AUGGCGCCGCCAGAUCCCUCGAUAAGCUGGCUUCAAGCCUUCCAGAUCCUGCCGAUACUCGCUCUGAGUACCAUGACUCAGCCAGUCGGCCGCGUUCUAGGUUUCUCGGUGUCCCAUAGCUUCUGGCUUCGAGCCUCGCCCUUUAUAUGCGCCUUCGAUGUUCUGGCACUCGCCAUUCGGUUCCUAACGUACUGUGUCGUACUCCGUGCUACCCCACGCAAGGCGAUGCUUAUUAUUGGAAUGGACCGCUUUGAUGAGGCUAAGAUCGAUCACAGUGUUCGAAAGACAGCGAGAAUCGCGACGAUAUUACGCCUUUUUGGGUUCUUCCUCAGCAUAUUACCACUGACAUAUGUGGUUGGUGCGUGGGGAGACAUAAGAUGGACGGUGGCUUGGGCAUGGCUAUAUGCUGCUUCAUACGUCAUAUUGGAGAUUGCAUCGCAGCUUGCCAGGUCGGAACUUUCCAAACCACAGUAUACUCCUAUGGAUUUCGAAUUAGAUGAGAUUGUUGAGGAAUCAGAUGAUGGGGAAACUUCGCACGCAGACAGCACUGAAGAGGCGGCGGAGGAAGAUAGCGAUCAGGCCAAACCAUUAAAAGAUGAAACUCAGGAUAGGCCGGAAGGAUCAGCGAGCACGAAGUACAAGCCAGGCAGGACGGGCAGCGAGACGGGGAGCAUAUACGAUGAAAGUAACAGCAGCACUGCCGACCAAGUGGGGUUCACGGCAUCGGCUAGCACUGAGCACCUCCUAGGCGAAGGGAUUGAUGGAAGCCAACGUACAAACGACGAUGAUGGCUCUACCCUCGCCCAGGCGGAGACCACAGAAUCUACGAACGAGGGCCCUCCCGACCUAGAGGCUGCGAAGAACAGCUACAGCGAACACGCGAAUCCCGUCACAUCACCACGAUCGCUAGCACUGAGACAGGCUCACGCUGCUAUGGAUGAGACCCUGUUUAAGUGGUGCCAACUGCUCCAUACGAUAUUCCUCUACUGGGCUUUCCUCGACCUCAUCCAGCCCUUUCUGAAUAGGCAUAUCCUCGCCUCUAGCAGCUGGGAGGCCCCCAUCUUCUUGCUCAGCCUCCCCUUGAUAUACGCCUGUCUAUUCUUCGCAAUGCUUGGGUUGCUUGGAGGCUGGCAUAUCAUGUCGAAGCUUGUCACUGCCUUAGUCACGUUUGCGAGACUAUAUCUCCCUCCCUGUAUGCAGGUAUACGCAUCAAAGGUAGUGACUACGGUCUAUUAUGGGUUAUGUGUUCUUUUGUUGCUGGCGGGCUCUUUGGCUGGGUUCUUUAUCGUGGAGCAUCUGCUGCUAUCAGAGUAUAUGGUAUGGCUUUAUGGUUUGUUAUCUGUGGAGGCUGUGGUGCUGGCCGUCUUCUGCUCUGUCUGUUUCGGCCUGUAUAUUCUGCUCAAAUUCGCUGCCGAGGCAAGCACGGGCGUAAAGGAGAAACUUGGGGUGUCUGGAUACUUGGAUGAGGAUGGAGUCGCCCUACUAACCGUCGUUUUAGUCACCUUCACGGUGUCGAUUCUGUGGUAUCGGUUCCGGUACGCCUCAGCUGCGCACUGGACGCAGGACUGGCGGGACGCUCUAGUUGUGAACACGACUACGACGAACUCGACCAUGACCAACACGACCACGACCAGUUGA